AUGUCAAAGGGCAACGCUGUUGAAAUGCUCCGUCCUUCUAAUACUAUGUCUAUGGUACACCCAGCCUUAAAGAACCAGUACGCAAACCAUAAAUUUCGAUUCCAAAUUCCUUUAAUCCAGGUAACAAAUACUUCUGGAGAUAUUCUUCUUGAAGCCUUCAUAAUUCCCUCAAAGUUCAAGAGAGCUAAAAGUAAGGGUAACGGUAUGCUGCUCUACAAAGGGUAUACGUAUUCCUGGAGAAAUCGCAAGAAACGUGGCAACUAUUGGACUUGUUCGAGCCACCAGAAAAAAGGCUGUUCCGCCAGUGUCAGUACAGAUGAAUCAAAGAAGCCGUUUAUUAUCACACAUGCAUAUGACUUCCACACUCACCCUCCAGUGGGGAAAUCAGUUUAUCGUUUAGAAGAUAUAGAAUUCGAAUAA